AUGGACCCAGACCCGGUGACGGCGCUAGCGCAGGCCGUGCAGGGCUGCGUGGAUGCGUCGGCGGACGUUCGCAUGCGUGUGCUGGCCAAAGCGACGCCACUCGUGGGUGAGCUUCGGAGCUGGAAUCGCGAAGCGCACGAGGCGCUGGCAGAUCGGCAAUCGCAUGUGCAGCGAUCGCAGCGCGCGCUGGACGAGGCCGUGCUGGUGUAUGAGUCGCUGUCGUACGAGCAUCGCGAGCUCGAGGCGCAGAUUGCCGCGCACAUGGAGCUGGAGCGGCUGGAUCAUCGAGUGCUUACGCACGAGGACCAGGCGCAGCUGGCGUCGCUGCCUGCGUCCGAGCAGCACGAGGCGGAGCGGACGCGCUUGCAGGACAUGCUGAGUGAGCGGCGGCACUUGGAGCUGGAGGGCAAGAAGCUGGCCGAAGAGGUCGCGCAGCUGCAGAAGCAGAGCCGGCUCGCACACCGCCACCUGGUGCGCCUUGAGCAGGGUGUGGCCUCGCUGCAUCAGUCGGUGCAGCGUCAUGCGUCCUAA